AUGACAUCGCUCGUCGCCUGGAUCGAUAGAAAUCAGGUGCCCAUAACCCGCAACUUCUUGAUGGCUCUCUAUGGAGCAGACUUUGUGGGAUCCAAACUCAACUGGCCUCGGCUCCACCGAACAUGCAGUCGGUUCUUACAUUUGCUGUAUGCCAUGGAGAAAGAACACGGCAAAACGGUGUAUGAUAUUGGGUACCAUGAUGCCUACUACGUGGCGUAUUGGGUAGUGCUUCUUGUGUUCAUGAGAGCCAUCUUGAUGCAACAUGUGUUCAAUCCGAUCGCGAAACACAUCGUGGUGAUUAAAUCCAGGAAAGCACGGGUGCGGUUUGCGGAGCAGAGCUGGUCCGCGCUCUACUACACACUUUCGUUUGGCCUCGGGUUGUAUCUUUACUACCACUCGCCCUAUUACUACAACAUCGAGAACAUCUUUGUAGGCUGGCCCCACGACAGGAUGACGGGGCUUUUCAAGAAAUAUUACCUCAUUUCAACCGCCUUUUGGCUACAGCAGGUGGUGGUGCUUCACAUCGAGCAGCGCCGGAAGGAUCAUCUCCAGAUGUUGUCUCAUCAUUUCAUCACCUGUGCAUUGGUCAUCGGCUCCUAUUACUACUACUUCAAUCGCAUCGGCAACCUCAUCUUAAUUAUCAUGGACUCGGUGGACAUUUUCUUGUCUUCAGCUAAGAUUCUUAAAUACUCUCGCUUUCCUAACGCUUGCGAUGCUAUGUUUGUUGUAUUUGCUGUCACCUGGAUUAUUCUCAGACAUGGCGUUUACAACUAUUUGUUUUACAUUUCUUGGUUCAAGUCAGGGCAACUUAUGGCGGCCAGCAAAUGCGGUGUUUCUGCUUUUGUACAUAAACGCUGCUGGUCUGACCGCAUUCUCAACGCCUUUUUGGCUUUGCUUGGUGGCCUCCAACUUCUUUCUCUUCUCUGGCUUUGGAUGAUUCUUCGAGUUGUGGCCAAAUUCAUUCGUGGUGAUAAUGCAGAAGAUGUUAGAAGCGACGAGAACGAUACUGAUGUCGAAACUACUUCUUCGGCCCUGAAUGGUGCUGGUGCUACUUCUUCACUUCUGUCCGAAACAUCUGUUCCGGCAGUAGAGACUAAAGACUAA